UCCUUCCGCAGAGCGCUCCGGAGGGGUGGGCCCAGUUACUUCCGGCGGCGGCGGGGAAGACGGGAGGCUGCAAGAUGGCGGUGCAGGCCGUGCACCUGGAGGCCGACGCGUUCCUGGUGUGUCUGAACCACGCGCUGAGUACCGAGAAGGAGGAGGUCAUGGGGCUCUGCAUCGGAGAGGUCGACACCAGCAGAAUCGUCCACAUCCACUCCGUGAUCAUCCUGCGCCGCUCGGAUAAGAGGAAGGACCGAGUGGAGAUCUCUCCCGAGCAGCUCUCGGCCGCGUCCACAGAAGCAGAGAGGUUGGCUGAGAUGACAGGACGUCCGAUGAGAGUUGUGGGCUGGUAUCAUUCUCACCCUCACAUCACCGUCUGGCCGUCGCAUGUAGACGUCCGCACACAAGCUAUGUAUCAGAUGAUGGACCAGGGUUUUGUAGGGCUUAUCUUCUCCUGUUUCAUUGAGGACAAAAACACAAAGACAGGUAGGAUUCUCUACACCUGUUUCCAGUCCAUUCAGGCCCAGAAGAGCUCAGAAUAUGAAAGGAUUGAAAUUCCUAUUCACGUUGUCCCCCAUGAAACUAUUGGAAAAGUGUGUCUGGAAUCAGCUGUAGAGCUGCCCAAGAUCCUGUGCCAAGAAGAACAAGAUGCCUACAGGAGGAUUCACAGCCUCACCCAUCUAGACUCUGUAACCAAGAUUCAUAAUGGCUCAGUGUUCACGAAGAACCUCUGCAGCCAGAUGUCUGCCAUCAGUGGGCCCCUCCUUCAGUGGCUGGAGGACAGACUGGAGCAGAACAAGCAGCGGGUGCAGGAGCUGCAGCAGGAGAAGGAGCAGCUCCUGGAGGAACUGGCUGCUUUAGACUGAAGGAGGAAAUACAGAUCCUUCAGAAAAAAAAAA